AAGAAGAGUCGUUCUUGCACGAAACAGAAAAAACACGCACACACGAAGCAGUAUAGAGAGAGAGCGAGAGAGGGAGAGAGGGAGAGCCAACCUCGCAGGCUUUCUCUUCAAAUGGGAAGCAAAAUUGUAUACUAGAGUAGCCCACCGCAGCAGCCGCCGCCGUAGUUAUCCUCUCUCUCUCUUGCUCUCUCUAUCUCCAAUUCGCCUUCGAAAUUAGCGAACUUGAUUGAAGCUUCGAUCAAUCAAUAGGGGGCAGUAGACGAUGCCCAAGCUACUGAUAGUUUCAGGUGGGUAACAAAGUUACUGAAAAAUGGGUGGCUGCUGCUGUUGUUCUUCCAGAAGAGCUGAUCAAAAUAGGAGUCCUGCAUACUAUUAUUUCCCAAGAGUUUCUGAAGAGCAUCAACCCUUAUCAGCUCACCAUGGUGCCACCUCUGCACUCUCUACAGGACUGCUGGUUGAUACAAAUCUGGAUACAUCAAUCCCUGACACAUAUAGACCGCCUCCUGUACCUAUGCCAUAUGAUGCAGAUCUGGGACGUCCUCAAACUCCUCCAGAAACAUGUGGCAACAAAAAUAAUACAACAGUGCAAACAACAAAUUCUGAUUUGGCUGAAGAAAAUGCAGGUGGCAAUACUUGUGAAGAGCUGAGUGAAUCAGAUGGCAAAGUACAAACAAAUUUUGAACUUGACACGGUGAAGCAGCCAGAACUUGAGCUAUCAAAGUCAACUGAGCCUAUUGUUUCAUCUAUGGAAGAGGAGGAUGUCUGUCCCACCUGUCUUGAAGAAUAUGAUGCAGAAAAUCCAAAAAUUAUCACAAAGUGCGAGCAUCAUUUUCACCUUGCCUGCAUUCUUGAAUGGAUGGAGAGAAGUGACACAUGUCCCGUAUGUGAUAAGGAAAUGAUCUUCAACCCUCCUGUCACUGAAUAACUAUCAGCAGUCAGCUACUCAUUCAGAAUUGGACUUCGUUGCUGUUUGAAAUUACAGAUUGAGAUACAGAAGUUAGGAGUUGCGUGACAGUUUUUGGAUAUUCAGAUCAGUGGUAGCUACUUAUUUGGAUGCAGUUUGGCUGUUUUGUCCUCGCCCAAUGCUAAAAGAGUCUUUGCGGAUUCAUUUCCUUUCAACCUUUUCCACCCUUCUAAAGAAAAGAAAAUUAAAAAAAAAAGUGAGAUAAGAGAGAAAAGGUGUGGGGACUGACAUGAUACAUUUCCUGAGGUGCAUUCCCCAUUUUCUUUUCAUUCAUUGCUGGUGCUUACUGCAAAGAUGAGCAAAUUGUAAGUGGCAUAAUAACACCAAGCAGAUGGGCGUGAGGCAGUGCAAUUUAGCCAUGUUACAUGUGUAGCGUUCUGAACAAUCAGGUAUAAAUUUUUCCAAACCGAGAAAAUUUGAAAAUACAAGGUAAAUUCUAUGUUUUGUGCUCCUCUCUAUACAGCUGCUGAACCUUUAAAAAAAAAAAAAAAUAGGGGGCAGUGCAUAUCCUCUGUGUAUAUCCUCUUUUGGAAUGCCUGAAUUCGGCUGUCAAUGACAUUUGUUCACUGUUUUGCUCGCUUGAAUUUGUUCUGUAAAUUGCAGACAAUCGCUCUGUUUUCCUUGUUUUGUUUUGUUAUUUUUUUUUUUUUGGGCUUUUUUAUUUGUUUGUGGAGGGGUUGAUCAAUGUAAGGAGUAACAAAUGAUCAUUUGGAAAGUCA